AUGUAUGUGUGUGCGUGCGUCGUUGUUGUUGUCGUCGUUGCGCCUCAGAAGGAUUGCGGCCGGAUCGGACCUCAUCGGGUGGACAUUAUGCUCCUGAGUGUCAGCGGUAGCGAUACAGUACCACUGGCGCAAGCGUUGAUUAGUGCGCAGAUGCAUCCUCAGAAGGGUGUGUUCGAGAAACCACGAUAUGCCCAAGAUGAGAUCCUUCAGUACGUGCAGCUGUCGACGGACGAGAACUACAGCAUCCCAUCGACGACGAAGGGCAUCCCGGAGCACUACGUGCGAUAG